AUGCCGUCGCACACGUUUUCCCUGAGCGAGGUAGAGGCAGACGGGUCGGUCAAAGAGGAAUCGGCUUCAGACGAUGAGCCCGAGGAGCUUCAGGAGGCCAAUGAGGAGGUGCAAUGUGAGCCUGAGGACAAGGUGCCGACGCCCGCGGAGGUCGCCAGCACGACCGCGGAGGACGAAGCCCACGGCAUCCCUGGUUCUGCUCCGACGGCGUCCGCCCCGACGACUCCUGGCACGGUUGCCCCGACGACUCCUGCCAUGGCCGUCGGGCAGUUUGUCGCACAGCCCGUCGGCAAGCGGCCCGAGUGCGAGUCGGCCGCGACGCCCCGCCCGAAGCGCACGAGGAUCUUGCAGAAGUCGCCCGCCGAGAAGUGCAGCGGCUGCUACGCGCCGGUGCCG